CUGCCACCUAAUGGACUGGAUUGUGGUGCAUGAAAAAAACCUCUGAAUUCUCUCUAUUCUCCUUAGGUAUCAUUAAAUGUGAGGACAUGUUCGAGCUACAUUCGGUGCAGCUGGAGCUGGAGGCCGUGGAGAAGCAGAUCCGCGACCUGGUGGAGAAGCAGGCCCAGCUGAGAGAGCGGAGAGCCGCGCUGGAAACAUCCCGGGCUGACACUCACAAGUCCGGGGUAAGUAUACAGCGCGCUGCUAACACUCCCACCACCUCUACUCCGUGUGUUUCUCUGCACAGGCCCUGUGCACCCAGGACACGAUCUUCCCAGGUGUCCUUCACUCCGGCGCUGGGACACCACGGACCCUGGGUGCACCAGCAGCGGAAGACGCGAGCCAGGCCCCGGGUGAUGACCUCUCCCCCUCCGCCACCUCCGGUCUUCGAGAUCUCCACCCGGAACCGCUUCGCUCCCCUCCGCGAGACGGAACGCGGCGCUGUGAUCGUCGGAGACUCCAUCGUCCGGCACGUCCGUGCUACGUUAGCUGAAGGUACAGUGCACACUCACUGUUUCCCUGGUGCUCGUGUUCUCGAUGUUUCCGAGCAGAUACCCGUGAUCCUGAAGGGCGACGAGAGCAUCGGCGCUGUCAUGCUGCACGCGGUGGUUAACGACACCAAGCUGCGGCAGACGGAGACACUGAAGAGGGACUUCAGGAGCCUGAUAGAGGCGGAAAAAAGAAAAGAGCCCAGAGAGGAAAUGGAGAUGACGUGUCCAGUUGUUCCGGGUGACCAGGUAUAUCUGAGGGUAUUCCAGAGAAAAUGGAAUGAGCCCAGGAGAGAGGGACCCUACAAAGUGGUGAGAGCUACUCCAAGUGGAGGAAAGCACAACCUGGUAUCAUCUAAACCACUGUACUAG